GAUGCCCUCUCCCGUCAGUUCUCAGAGGAAACCAUUGACGAUAUCCCGGAGGAGACUAUCCUUCCUCCCUCCAAAAUUAUUGGCAUGGUCACAUGGGAAGUGGAGGGCCUGGUCAAGGAAGCCCUGAGAGUAAGUCCUGGACCCAAGGGAGGACCUCCCAACAGACUCUUCGUCCCUCGUGAGUUACGACCUCGGGUUCUGGACUGGGGACAUUCCAGUGUUUUCACCUGCCAUCCGGAAUUUCAGCGUACCCUAUCCUUCAUCCGCCGGCGGUUCUGGUGGCCAUCCAUGGCCAAUGAUACCCGUGAGUUCAUUGCUGCUUGUAGCACUUGUGCACGUAAUAAGCCUUCCCACAGACCGCCGGCAGGACUAUUGCUUCCCCUUCCUGUUCCCAGUCGCCCUUGGUCACACAUAUCUCUGGACUUCAUCACUGGUUUUCCACCUUCCCAAGGUAACACCACUAUUCUCACCAUUAUUGACCGUUUUUCUAAAGCCUUCCCACAGACCGCCGGCAGGACUAUUGCUUCCCCUUCCUGUUCCCAGUCGCCCUUGGUCACACAUAUCUCUGGACUUCAUCACUGGUUUUCCACCUUCCCAAGGUAACACCACUAUUCUCACCAUUAUUGACCGUUUUUCUAAAGCCGCACACUUCAUUCCUCUACCUAAACUUCCAUCUUCUGCCGAGACUGCUGAUCUUCUCACAACCCACAUAGUCAGGCAACACGGCAUUCCUGUGGACAUCGUCUCGGACCGUGGUCCCCAGUUCACCUCUCGGGUGUGGCGGAACUUUUGCAAGGGAAUUGGGGCCAAGGAGCUUGAAGCUGCAGUUGCCUCUUCCCGUACACACAUCAAAAGAUGCCAUCAAGUUUGGAAAGCCGCCCGGGCUUCUCUAAUCAGGUCCUCUGAAAGGAUGUGCCGCAGUGCUAAUCAGCGACGCAUCCCGGCUCCCUCGUAUUCUCCGGGUCAACAAGUUCUGCUACGGGCUAAAGAUCUUCAUCUUGAGAUCAAACCAGUUACUACUUCCCCACUUUCUUCACCUGAUCCCACCCCCCCUCCCAGGAUUUUGGACAACGGGGACCCCGUUUGGACCGUUAAGGAUAUUCUCGGGGUCCGUCGGCAAGGAAGGGGGUUAGUUUAUUUAGUUGACUGGGAGGGUUAUGGGCCUGAACAUAGGUCUUGGGUUCCUGCCUCCUACCUUGCUGACCCAUCACUACUGGAAGACUUCUAUCGGGCAAAUCCAGGAGCUCUUCGGCGCUCGUCGGGGGUCUCGCAUAAGGGGGGGCACUGUCAUGACACAAGCACAGUCCGUUCCUCCCUCAUCUGCGGGAGCACUCAGCAGCUCCACUCUGAGUACGUCCAGACACGCCCCCACACGCGCUGCGCAGACCGCACCCACACGCGCUGUGCAGACCGCACCCACAUGCCGCCGCAGCUGGAGACAAUCAUCAAUCAAGACACCUGGCAGUGA